AUGGAAGUACCUGCCGCCUUUCACGGUUUGAAAAAUCGUUAUGAAAAUUUACGAGCAAAAUUUAGUUUUGGACAUUUUGAUCCUGUUGAACAAGGACAAAUAUUUCAGAAAGAAGUGCAACAUUGUUACGAUGCUAAUCAAAAUGCUCAAUGGCACGAUGAUAUCAUUCUUCUGCCAUUGCCGAUACCAUCGAAUCCCACAACAAGUGAAGAAUCUACAGCAACAUUUUUACUUGAAACAUUAUGGACGAAAUUUUCUAACAUGUAA